AUGUUGGCAUUGUGGUUACAAUCAAGUGGUUACGUCAAUUCCGUCACGGUCCGACUCCCUGCAUUCUGGCCCGCCAACCCCUCAGUGUGGUUCUUGCAGGCAGAAUGCCAAUUUCAGCUCGCCGGGAUCUCCACACAGCCUACGAAAUUCAGGAACGUCGUAUUCGUCCUCCCGCCCGAAGUCGCUUCCGACGUCGCGGACGUCCUCAUGGCCCGAAUGGGUGAGACACCCUAUGACACCCUCAAAUCUGCGCUUAUUGAACGUACUAUGGCCUCCGAACGACGCAGAUACCAACAAUUGCUGUCUGCUGAAGACCUGGGCAACCGCUGCCCAUCGCAGUUCCUACGACAUCUUCAAGGCUUGCUACGCGACCGGGCCUCGUCCUUCGACGAACGCUUACUCAAGGAAUUGUUCCUCCAGCGACUCCCUACCGUACAGAUGAUUCUUGCCACGGCCACCAACCUUUCCCUUUCGGAACUCUCCCAACACGCUGACAAGAUCAUGGAGGUGGCACCGCCGCAUGUUUGUGCCGUCGCCUCACACCACUUCCUCCCAGCACCAUGCAGCGGAAUCUAG